UUUAAAGAUGAUAAGAACAAAUAUUUAAAAAAACGAGACUGGCGAAGAAAAUACUGACCUUGCAUUGCAUGGCCAGGCAGAUUUCUCCGAGGAAGUAAAUAGUGCUGUUAUUGUACUUGAGUCAGCUUUCACAGAAAAUUUAGCUCGUGUCGGAUCAGUCCAGAGAAACUUUUAAUGGUGAAUAAAUCAGUUGAAUAUUAACUUUUUUUUUUCUUUGGCUGUAUUGGCGAUAUAAACGAGAUAAAACACUGAUAAACCACUUAUGUGCAACCAGGAAGGACAAACAAUUCAGCAGAUGAAGAUUAGUGAAUACUAGCAAUAAAACUAAAAAGAUUAUUGGUUGUUAAUAGCUUUACAUUUAUAAUUGUAUUACACAAAUUAAUUACAUCGUCCUUGAGUGAAGAAUCAAAAGAACAUUAUAUGAUGUACUCUAUUCACAUAAAAUUAUGUUAAUGCUCACACCUCUAGCAGUUCCCUUAUCCCUGAACCGAACUGUAAUCCAUGGCAACAUGAAGAAAAAAGAAGAUAUAAUAAUAAAUACUUGUACUAAGAAGUCUGACAUCUUAUUAUAACCUCAUAACUAUUGAAGAUAUUAAGGGAAUAACUAUGUCUCUUAAAAUUUCUUUUUGGGAUACAGUUAUCUCAAAAUAUCAAAGUGUGGGUCCUCGAACAUUACUGCUUUACUUGCAUAUAGCAGUGCUCUUAAUUGCCCUAUGGAGUCUCUGCAUUUUUUCAUUUAUAAUAUUAACUACAGAUAUAGAUUUUUCUAGGGACAUAUAUUUCAAGCAAGGAUUUGAGAAUAAAGAAUUUCUACUCAGUGUAUGGGCAACAUUUUCUCACAUAAUAUAUUUUGGAACUUACUCAUUAAUAGAUAUAAUUGCCAUUUGUGCGAAAAAAUCUGAACGAGCUCUGAAGAUAAGAAAAAUACUCUACAAUGUAGCUGAUUAUUUCCUGUUUUCUUUAGUUUUUCCUUUGACAGCUGUUACUUCGUUUUUAUUUUGGGCAUUGUACUAUUGGGAUAAAGAACACAUGUAUCCUAAACAACUGGACAUGUUUCCGGACUACUUAAACCACAUGAUGCACACUUACCCUCUGCCAGCGAUUAUACUUUACAUGUUCACUCACGUGAGGAAAGAACCCAAUAAGUACAAAACUUUGCCACCUUUGAUCUUUUUACUGAUUGUAUACAACCAACUUAUCUUUAGUAUUCGUAGAACGAAAGGAGUAUGGGUCUAUCCAGUUUUUGAAUUUUUGACCUUUUCACAAGUUCAAGGGAUUGCAGCUUUCACUUUGAUAGCUUCAAUAGUUUGCCAUUUCCUUGGUUAUUAUUUAUUCAACAUACUAAAAGGUAUACGUUCAUCUAUUGAUUCGAAAUUGAAGGAAAUGGAAAAAAUGUCUGCACUGAGACAGAAAAAGCAGUAAUUUAAAAUUUUAACAAACAUUUAUAAAGAACUGUUCUGAUAUAUAUUUGAAUGACUGAACACUCUUUCUUUAUUAUUCUUUUGAAUAUAUAUAUAUGUAUUCAAUAUAUAUAUUAGGUUAAUAUAAAGAUGUAUUUUUUAAAGUUUCAUCAAAGAAUGUUAUAUUUAAAAUUUUAUUAAAAAGAAAAAAUGAAUAGUGAAAUUUCCUAAAGACCCUUAAUUCUGGAAUAGAUAUUUCAGGUAGUCUAUUUUUGUAACAGUUAGUAUUUUGUAGUUCUCCAAAAAAUGUAAAUUUUAUAUUAAUAUUGAAGUGAACUGCCAAUUAUUUGUUGAAAUACCUACUUUGUUUCAAAGAGUAGAUUCUUUUGCCUUCUUAUGUAUAUAUAUUUUUUUACUCAAUUAAAACCCUGAUGUAAACAUUUAUGUACUUUUACAAUUAAAAAUCGUACCACACCAUAAAUUUUUAAAUAUGGUUAUCAUACCGUUUGUACAUUAGUGGUUUAAUAACCUGUUGUAAUAUAGUUUUUGUUUAUUUCAAUAGCAUGUAGUUUUAUUUAUCAUUUGACUUUUUUUUUUAUAUUCUACAUUCCAAAAUUAUCAGUCAGCUGAUGUCUGAGUGUUCUGUUGGACAUGUUGAAACAAGAUGUACAUUAUUGCUGUCUACACCAGUAAUAGUUAGUGGUGAUAGAAAACCUGAUGGAAUAUUUGUAAUUUAUUUUAUUAAAAUUGAAACCUCAAUAUACUUUGUCAAUAACAAUAUUCACAAUUGUACUGAUUUUAAAUUCUUAAAACAAAAAGGUAUUGCAAUUUUGGAAAUAUUUGUCAAAACAUUUAGUGGAAAUUAUGUGAUACUAAUAAAAGGUCAUUCAUUUUUAUUGAACCCCAACUAUCAGUAUAAGAUUACUAUUGAAAUAGUUAUUAAGUCAAUCAAGAGCUCUGUGUUGAAUGAUAUAAGCUCAUGAUUCUUUAAUAAUAUAAUUAUUAUUUUUUAUAAUACAUUUUGUAAAUUUGUAAAUACAAUUUUUUUGAAUAA